CGCCCCCGCCCCCGCCCGCCACGUACGUCUCCCGUCCCGGCUCCUUUCCAUGGUUCCCGGCGUGACUGGUGCCCGCCGCCACCGCCCCCGCAGCGCGGCGCCGACCGCCGGUGGGAGGAUGCUGCAGCGCGCCGGGGGCUGAGGCGCGGAGCCGCGGGGAGCGGGACCCCCGGCGCCCGCUCAUGCUGCCCGCUGGCUGCCGGGGCAGAGCCCCGUGAGGAGCCCCCCAGGAGCCCUCCUGGCCGUGGCCGUGCCCCCGCAGCCGCCGCGCCCCCGCAGCCGCCCCGCCAUGACGAGCCUCUUCCGCCGGAGCAGCAGCAACGGCGGCUCGCGCGGCGGCUCCUCCGCGCAGGAGCUCAACAACAGCCGCCCCAGCAGGCAGGUGCGACGGCUGGAGUUCAACCAGGCCAUGGAGGACUUCAAGACCAUGUUCCCCAACAUGGACUACGACAUCAUCGAGUGCGUGCUGAGGGCCAACAACGGUGCCGUGGAUGCCACCAUCGACCAGCUCCUGCAGAUGAACCUGGACGGCAGCGGCUGCGACGACAGCUCGGACUCGGAGGACAGCAUCCCCCCCGAGAUCUUGGAGCGGACCCUGGAGCCGGACAGCUCUGACGAGGAGCCUCCUCCCGUCUACUCGCCCCCAGCCUGCGAGCGCCCGGCCUCGGGCAGCCGCUGCCCCCGCGCGCCGCCCACCCCCCCGCCCAGGACAGACGUGCUGGGGCCUGGCAGCACCCCAGUGCCCAGCCGCUACAGGAACUGGAACCCGCCGCUCCUGGGCAACCUCCCCGAGGAUUUCCUGCGCAUCCUGCCUCAGCAGACAGCUGGCACACAGGGCUCCCCUGGCUGCCGGCAGCCCGUGCCACGGGGGCUGUGCCCGCGGGGCCAGCCCGGCCUGGAGCAGGAGCGGCGCUGGAAGCAGUACCUGGAGGACGAGCGGAUCGCGCUGUUCCUGCAGAACGAAGAGUUCAUGAAGGAGCUGCAGAGGAACAGAGAUUUCCUCCUGGCCCUGGAGAGAGAUCGAUUGAAAUAUGAGUCAAAAAAAUCCAAGUCGAGCAGCGUCGCUGUCAGCAACGACUUUGGUUUCUCCUCUGUAAUAUCAGGUGAGGCAGCCCCCUGUGUGAGCAGCGAGGCCGGUGCCGUGUCUGACGAUGCCUUAUUCAGAGACAAACUGAAACACAUGGGAAAAUCCACACGCAAGAAGCUGUUUGAGCUCGCCAGAGCCUUCUCUGAGAAGACAAAGAUGAGGAAAUCAAAAAGAAAACACUUGUUGAAGCACCAGGUGAUGGGGACGGCGGCUUCCACAGCAAACCUGCUGGAUGACGUGGAAGGCCACUGGUGUGAUGAAGACUUGCAAGCACGGCGGCAGCAGCUCCGAGAGGAGGAGACGCUGAAGGAGGGGCAGUAAACAGUGAGAGGCCCCGGGGACGAGCACUUCCCGGUCCCAGCACUGGGGUUUAUUGCUGGCACAGGACGUGCACGAGGCUUCACAAGGAGAUGGCUGAAAAAGGAAAACAAAUCACCCAACAAACAACCCAGUUUUUUUGGCUGUUCCCCCUCUGCUGUUGUACUCCUCUGAAGUACAAGUAUUGAAGUGAGGCACAAUGUUUUCUUACCAGCAGUUUGAAAACAACUUCUAUCCAGCAAAUCAGCCAAAAGGGAGGAAGAAAAAAUAAAGGGAAAAAAAAACAGGGGCAGCAGCUGGUGUGAGCUGCUGUGGAGGAGGCAGCAGGGCUGGGGCUGGGGCUGGGGCUGGGGUCCUGCCCGCUCUCCCGGCCACAGGAGGAAUGGAAACCGUCUGUACUAAGGAGGAUGCUGACGAGGGUGCGUCACACGUGGGAUCUGCGUGGCCAGAGCACUCCUGACCGAUCUCUGCAGCCAUCUGGUGCAACUGUCCUGUGCAGGAGCAAAACACAGACACGAGAACGGGAACCUAACAGCCGUUGUCUACUAUUGCUAGGAGUAAAGAGCAGAGAUUCACAUCAGGUAAUAGUCAGAUAAUAUACAUUGUUUAUAAGAGGAAAGGCCUUUUCCUGGGCGUUCCACUCGGAAUUAAACCUUUGCCUUCGGCAUUGCUCAAA